AUGUGCAUCAGCCCGAGCGAGAGACACCAGAUAAAGACGUGCAGAUCCGCGCUCGCUGACAGUUUGUUCAUUUGUGCAUAUGAUAGCGUCGUAGCCAGAGGCGCUAAAGCGGUCGGGGUCUCGCAGAUGCGCAUCACGCGUCCCCGGCUGCUGUCCCGUCUCUUGGGGUCAGCGUAUGUGCCUAGAGCGGAUGUCUUCUCCCUCGCUACUGUCGGCCCCUGGGAGCGGGCCCUGGAAUCGAGCCGGAGCGGCGUAUUUGUGGUGCGAACGACGCCGCGCCUCAUCCUGACGGGAGCUUGUAACCGCGCUCAUCAGGCUGGAUUUUACGAGACCAUAACCUUUAAAUUCAGUCAAAUCCCUCACCCCUGUCUGAAGCCUUUGAUCUCGCUGGAGCUGGAUGGAGAAAUUGUGUACGAUAAAGAAACUGACAUGUAG